CCCCACGCCUCCUUUGCUCGGCUUUUUUAAAAACAGCCAGGCUCUACGAUUGCCUCGCUGGGCUCGGUGGCGCGUUGCCUUUCCACAGCUGGCGCCCUCGUUGUGCCUGUCCCGCAGCCGGAGGUGCAGGAGACCAAGAACUUGAAAUUAUGGCAGGAAAGCCAAAGCUGUACUACUUUGAUGGACGAGGCAAGAUGGAACCGAUAAGAUGGCUGUUGGCAGCGUCUGGUGUGGAGUUUGAAGAGGAAUUUCUGGAUACACGAGAACAAUAUGAGAAGCUUCUACAAGAUGGAGACCUCCUGUUUCAGCAAGUGCCCAUGGUGGAAAUCGAUGGGAUGAAGAUGGUGCAGUCCCGAGCCAUCCUCCACUACAUUGCAGCCAAGCACAACCUCUAUGGAAAGGACCUGAAGGAGCGAGCCUUAAUUGACAUGUAUGUGGAAGGAACAACUGAUCUGAUGGGUCUAAUUUUGAUGUACCCUUUUCUGUCGCCUGAGGAUAAGAAAAAGCAACUUGUCACCAUCAUAGAGAAAGCAACUAAAAGAUAUUUCCCCGUGUAUGAAAAGGUGCUGAAAGAUCAUGGGCAGGAUUAUCUUGUUGGCAACCAGUUCAGCUGGGCAGACAUACACCUCCUUGAAGCUAUUCUAAUGGUAGAGGAAAAGGCCUGUGAUGUCCUCUCAGAGUUUCCCCAGUUACAGGUCUUUAAAGCUAAGAUAAGUAACAUUCCUACCAUUAAGAAGUUUCUGGAGCCGGGAAGCCAGAGGAAGCCUGUGCCUGACGACAGAUACGUGGAGACAGUGAGAAGAGUUCUCCAGGCCUAUCAUGAUGUGAAAGCCACUUAAGGGCUAGAAGUUCCAGGCUAUGACUACCAGUGUUGAAUCAUGAUGGUUAUGCAAGGACCUCUUGUUUCUUCAAUCACGUGUUCUUACACUAGAGAUGAGUGAUUGGUAUUUGACACUUAGCUGAUCAGUGAGCUCCAAAGUAGGCCUAACACAUAGAUAGUGGUGGCGGCCUGUAGCAAAAGGAGGGCAGCAUAUAUAGCAUGUAUUGGAUUAUUCAGUUCUUUUGAUCUAGACCCUUAGGCUUAAUCCUCUUUAAAGACAGCUUUUGUGUAUUCUACUGCAUCAGGCAAAGAACUUUUCUUUGGAUAGGUGGAUAAAAUAUACUGUAUUAGUAGAGAAGCUCAGAUAACUCUUUUCUGCCCAGCAGUGAGUUCUGCCAACAGGAGUGAUUGGCUUUAAAACAGACCAGCCUUUGUUUUCAAGACUGUCUUUCCUUCCUCGCUAAUUCAGAUUGUGACAGAUUUGUAGAACAUGUAGAAAGGAUGUGUUGACUGCAAGUGAGUUCCUGGAAAUGGAUAUUGCCCCAAUAUCACAGCUGCUGCUUAAAAUCUCUACAUCUGUUAUAAAGCUUAACCUGAUUUGUGAGAUUGCAGUCCUUUUUCAUGUACUGUACUGGAAUACUGUCUCAUUGUAAUAAACAACUUGCAUAAUAUGAAA